CGUCGCCCCGUUCGCGCAUGCGCAGACGGCUGUGGCUGCGUGAGGAGAGCGCGGCGGGGUCGGCGGUGAUUCCGCUGUUCCCUGAGGGAAACUGAGUGUCUUUAUGGUUCCAUCGCUCCACAGAAGAUCAUGACACCAGAACAGAGUCCAGCCACUUCCCUCAUCGACAGGACCAUCAAGAUGAGAAAAGAAACAGAAGCCCGGAAGGUGGUCUUAGCCUGGGGCCUCCUUAACGUGUCAUUUGCAGGCAUGAUAUAUACUGAAAUGACUGGAAAACUCAUAAGCACAUAUUACAACAUAACAUAUUGGCCGCUCUGGUAUAUCGAACUUGCAUUCGCAUCUCUGUUCAGCCUGAAUGCUUUAUUUGAUUUCUGGAGGUACUUCAAAUACACGGUGGCACCAACAAGUUUGGUUAUGAGUCCUGGACAGCAGACCCUGCUGGGGCUGCAGAAUACAGCCGUACAGACAACUCCACCACGUGAGCUGACAGCAAAGAAAGUCCCUUCUUCAACACCUUCUCCUCCAAUCCAGGGUCAAAGUGUGCUGAGUUACAGCCCAUCCCGCUCUCCUAGUGCCAGUCCAAAGUUUGCCACCAGUUGCAUCCCAGGGUACAGCCCUCAGCUGCAGGCUCUGUCAAACAACAGCGCUUCUUAUAGCAGUACGAUGGCCUAUUCACCAGGCAGCGCUUACAAUAAGGUUUCCAACUUCAGCCCCUCUCCUGGUGGUUCGCCAUAUCCCACAAGCAUUGGACCAAUGGAAAGUAGUGGGCUGAGGUCUCGUUACCGUUCUUCACCCAUUCUCUAUAAUUCUCCUACUGGCAAAGAAGACUACAUGACAGACCUCAAGUCGCUGGACACCUUCCUUCGAAGUGAAGAAGAGAAGCAGCAUCGAGUUCAGUUGGGAACUUCAGAUACCAGCUCUCCUUCCAGCAGCCCAACCUUUUGGAACUACAGCCGUUCCAUGGGAGACUACGCACAGAUUCUGAGGAAGUUCCAGUAUCAGCUGGCUUGCAGGUCCCAGGCUCCAUCAGCACACAAAGACGAAGCUGAUCUGAGCUCAAAGCAGGCUGCAGAAGAGGUUUGGGCACGAGUGACAAUGAAUCGACAGCUGCUUGAUCACAUGGACUCCUGGACUGCAAAGUUCAGAAAUUGGAUUAAUGAGACUAUUCUGGUGCCACUUGUCCAAGAGAUCGAGUCUGUGAGCACUCAGCUGAGAAGAAUGGGAUGUCCAGAACUGCAGAUUGGAGAAGCCAGCAUCAGCAGUCUGAAGCAGGCAGCGCUCGUGAAAGCUCCACUCAUUCCAACCCUGAAUGCUAUAGUGCAAUAUUUGGAUCUUACACCAAACCAGGAGUAUUUGGUCGAAAGGAUCAAAGAGCUUUCUCAGGGAGGAUGCAUGAGUUCCUUCCGAUGGAACCGAGGAGGAGAUUUCAAAGGCCGUAAGUGGGACACUGACCUGCCCACGGACUCCUCUAUCAUCAUGCAUGUGUUCUGCACUUACCUGGACUCCAGACUCCCACCUCACCCCAAGUAUCCUGAUGGCAAAACCUUCACUUCCCAGCACUUCAUUCAGACACCCGACAAACCAGACACUUCAAAUGAAAAUGUGUUCUGCAUCUACCAAAGCAGCAUCAACCCACCCCACUACGAGCUGAUCUACCAGCGCCACGUCUACAACCUGCCCAAGGGCAGAAACAACAUGUUCCACACCUUGCUGAUGUUUCUGUAUAUCAUAAAGACGAAGGAAUCUGGGAUGCUGGGACGUGUAAACCUUGGCCUGUCGGGAGUCAACGUCCUGUGGAUUUUUGGAGAAUAACACCUCAUGGGAUUGCAGUACAUAAAGAUGAUGAGCUGGCUUCUGGCAAGACAAAGUGAGCAGUGGCCGUUGCCUUGUUGAUUUGAACACAGACUGUGAAACACAAUACCUUAAGCUCUGCUCUGUGAGCAGGGAGGCGUUUAUAAUUCCUAUACAGCUUUCAACAUUCACAUUCUUUAAAACAUUAUGUUGAUGAAAUGCUCCAGCAUAUGAAUUCUGGGCAGAUUUUCUCUUUCCAUCCCUUCACCUCAGCAAAACCCCACUUAAAAAAGCCCUUUCCUAUUGGUGUCAUUACUUCAGUGCCAUCACUACUCCAGAGAUGAACUGUGCCAGAUGGAAAGAGAAAACUGGCUUUCCAAUUUCAGUACAUAAGAUCUUUUUAGGUUGAUUUUUUUUUUCCCUUUUAAAAUAAGCAAGUUUGGGUGCUUUAGGAGCUGUGAAACAGCGUGGGCACCUUGAUUACAACCUCAGCAUCACCCUUUGCUUUUUUAGUAUCUUUUAUAUCAUUUUACUUCUCCCAUCAGCUUUCCUCCUGGUAACCCCCCCCUCACUUUGGAGCUCGUGCAGCCUGGCUUCGGCAUCUCUGAAUGAGACCAAACACUAUAAACCUGGUCCCCAUUUUGAGAUCUAUUUGUUUCAGAGAUGCAUUCGGUUCUUCAGAACAUUUGGUGUUUGCCAAAAAUGAAAAGCCACAACCGAAGCACCUUUUAACACGGGUAGGAGGGAAGAUUUCAGAAACUCACAUAGCUUAAUUUUGUUAAGCAGAGAUAAAAAUUCACUGCCCUGAGUUGCUGAAGCUCAUUGUGAGCUUAAGGCAGGGACGUCACUUUGUUCCUCCUGCAUCUCAGCUUCCUCGGGGUCCUUUAUUUGUCAACUGCCAAAAGCCAUUUACACAUCUAAAGUGGGAGAACUAAGCAGGGCUGUGACUGGGGCUGAGCAUUCCCUGUGUUUUGUUACGUGUUUUUGGACUGCAGACAUCUAUUUUUUCCCACUCAGUUUUAUCCUACCAGCUCCAGGCGAGCACCAACACCAACUGAUGCACAACUGAUGCAUUGUGAUGUGCUCAGGACAGCUGCUGUCACCUCUCUGUAAAAGCAAGAACCAUUUACUUUGUGACUCUGUUUUAAGGGAGAUGCAGAUUAUUACCUUUUUUUUUUUCCCCCAAUUGUUGACAACAAAAUGGCUCAUUUGGUUCCUGCAUUAAAUGGGUUCAUCUUAA